CUCUCACUCUCUCCGGUGUUUCGGCCGCACGUCUCUUCUCCACUUUCCUCUCCAUUUUACAUUUAUACCCUUCCGCGGUCUUCACCAAUUUUGUUCUCGGCCUCGAUUCCGAUCCCUCUCCGUCCUCCCCAUGGCCAUGGGGCUCUCCACCGCCAAACCCUACCACCGACGCCUCUUCCUCCUCCUACUCCGGUGCACCAGAACCGCCGAGCCCUCGCCAAAAUGUCCCCAUCACCGCCCCUUGUCCUGUUCCUCCCCCGCCGCCGCUGCCGAAGCCACCCACCUCCGCCGCAUAUUCCGCCCCGGCGAUCCCAACAGGUUCGCGCCCGGAAUUCUCGACGCUUUUUGGGGCGUGCGGCGGUUCUCGACCUCUGUCGAUCCGAUCUCUGGCGGCGAUAAGAACCUCGAGAGGAUUUUCAUCCAGAACAUGUCCGUGAAGCCCAUCGUGGUCGAUGGAGUUGAUGCCGUGCCGAUUGAGGAUGAGAGGAAAGAAGAGGUUGAUACGGUAGUGGCGGACGUGGAGGAGGGAAAAGAGGAGCUUUGCGGUGGUAAGGUUGGGGAUUUGGACCAAUUGGAGGGUGGCUUGGAAGUACGGCAGGAGAAAGAGCAGUCGGAGGUGGAGAAGGAGGCCUGGAGGCUUUUGGACAGGGCAGUCGUGAGCUAUUGCGGGAGACCAAUUGGCACCGUGGCUGCCAAUGAUGUGACGGCGGCGAACCAAGCUGUGAACUACGAUCAGGUGUUUAUCAGGGACUUCGUACCAUCUGCCCUAGCUUUUCUGCUUAAGGGGGAAAGCGAGAUCGUCCGCAAUUUCCUCCUCCAUACUUUGCAGCUUCAGAGCUGGGAGAAAACAGUUGACUGCUACAGCCCUGGACAAGGGCUGAUGCCGGCUAGCUUUAAAGUGAGAACUGUACCUUUGGAUGGAAGUAAUGAAGCAUUUGAAGAGGUUUUGGAUCCUGAUUUUGGAGAGUCAGCAAUUGGACGUGUAGCACCAGUUGAUUCUGGACUAUGGUGGAUUAUACUGUUAAGAGCAUAUGGAAAGAUAACUGGGGAUUAUGCAUUACAAGAGAGAGUGGAUGUACAAACAGGCAUCAGGUUGAUUUUAAAUUUAUGUUUGUCAGAUGGCUUUGACAUGUUCCCAUCUCUAUUGGUCACAGAUGGUUCAUGUAUGAUAGAUCGAAGGAUGGGUAUCCAUGGGCACCCUCUUGAGAUCCAAGCAUUGUUCUAUUCGGCUUUGCGGUGCUCUCGUGAAAUGAUCACUUUUAAUGAUGGAUCUAAAAAUCUGGUACGUGCUAUUAAUAACAGGCUCAGUGCUCUGUCUUUCCACAUUAGGGAGUAUUAUUGGGUUGAUAUGAAGAAGAUAAAUGAGAUUUAUCGCUACAAGACCGAAGAGUACUCCCAUGAUGCUAUUAACAAGUUCAAUAUUUAUCCUGAACAAAUUCCAUCUUGGCUAGUUGAAUGGAUGCCUGAUAAAGGUGGCUAUUUUAUUGGCAAUCUCCAGCCAGCUCACAUGGAUUUCAGGUUCUUUUCCCUUGGUAAUUUUUGGGCUAUUGUUUCUUCACUAGCCACACCAAGACAGGCAGAGGGCAUUCUCAAUUUAAUUGAAGAUAAAUGGGAUGAUAUUGUGGGACGUAUGCCACUCAAAAUAUGCUACCCUUCUUUAGAAUAUGAGGAAUGGCGUAUAAUCACUGGCAGUGAUCCGAAGAACACGCCGUGGUCAUAUCACAAUGGUGGAUCUUGGCCUACACUUCUGUGGCAGUUCACAUUGGCUUGCAUUAAGAUGGGCAGGUCAGAGUUAGCACAAAGAGCUGUUGCAGUGGCCGAGAAGAGAUUGCCAAUUGACAAGUGGCCAGAAUAUUAUGACACACGUAGUGGAAGAUUUAUUGGGAAGCAAUCACGGCUGUAUCAGACGUGGACCAUAGCUGGAUUCCUUACUGCCAAAAUGCUUCUGGAAAAUCCAGCUGCAGCAGCUGUAUUGACAUGCGAUGAAGAUCUCGAGCUUCUUCAAGGCUGUGCUUGUAGUCUAAGCAAGAAUGCCCGAAUCAAGUGCUCCCGCCUUGCAGCCAAAUCACAGGACAUGAAAUAGAGGGUGGAUUCAUUUCACGCUGGGAUAAUAAUGAUAGAUCUCAGAGUGUAAUACUUGAAUCAUUGCUAAUUUUGUAUCUGGAGAUCCAAUAUUUUCCAACACAAGGUACUGGCCCAUAGUCCUAACAUUUAUGUUCGAUAAAUUUGUACAUAUCAACAUACUUAUCUGUCACAAGCUUGUUUUGCUAUCAAGAUGUAGUUCACAACUGUAGUUUGAACAGAAAUGUUAAAUGUUUGGGCAACCAAGUGAGCUAUAGUUAUUUUAUUUAUUUCUUU